AUGUCCCACAUUCAAAUAAUUGAUCAUUAAUCAAAUAGUACCGAUCACUCUUUUGAAAAUCUGUCUGAUUAAAAUUCUGAAGAAUCCUUUGAAAUUGUCUAAAGAAAAUAGAGAAUCAAAAAAUGCUAUUAAGAUGAGGAACCACUUAAAAAGAAGAAGGAUUUAUGUAGAAAUUACUAAAUUUAUGGUUGUUGUAAAUAUGGAGAUCAAGUAAUAUUGUUUAAAUCUUAAUUAGUGUUUUUUUAUUCAUACACCCGCAAAAACUGAAAAUAGUCUCUAUUCAUCAACAUCCAUUAAGACUAAGCCAUGUAAACGUUAUUUUAGUGGUUAAUGUUCUUUUGGGACUAAAUGUUAGUUUUUACAUAAUGAAUGUAUUGAUCUUGUAGAAUAAAGGGAAUUUGUAGAAAAGUAAUUUAAAGAUUUAAAAUUAAUGGUUCCUUUGCAUCCAAGUAUGUUUAUAUAGAUAAUUUUUAGAAAAACUAGAUUAAUCUAUUAGAUUUGAUUUAUAAAGAUUUCAUCAUCUUUACAAAAUUUUUGGAAGGAAACUAAACUUUAAAAGAGAUGAUUUAGUUAUAAAUAGUUGUAAAAGGUAUUGAUUUAAUUAAUAAAUAGUCGAUUAAAGAUAUUUAUAUCAAUUUGUAGAAAAUAAGAUAGAUUUGAAUAAUUGUUAAUGUCUAAUUAAACAAGUAGAAAGGAGAGUGAGCAAUCUUGA